AGGAAGAGCAGCGGCGAGGCGGCGGCGACGGCUGAGUCCGUGGUGGCAGCGGCGAAAGCGGCAGCUUGGGGGGUGGCGGCGGCGGGGAGAGCAGGAUGCGGGUCCGGUUCGGGCUGACGCUGCUGUUCUGUGCGGUGCUGCUGGGCUCGGCCUUGGCGUCCUCUGAUGAAGAAAGCAGCCAGGAUGAAUCCUUAGAGUCCAAGACCUCUUUGCCAUCUGAUGAAUCAGUAAAGGAUCACAGCACAGCAGGCAGAGUAGUUGCUGGUCAGAUAUUUCUUGAUUCGGAAGAAUCAGAGUUGGAAUCACCUAUUCAAGAAGAAGAAGAAGACAGCCUCAGAAAUCAAGAAGAACAGAGUGUCCCAGAAGAAAUCAGCUUUCUCGAAUCUCCAAACCCAGAAAAUAAGGACUAUGAAGAGCCAACGAAAGUACGGAAAUCAGCUUUGACCGCCAUUGAAGGCACAGCGCAUGGGGAGCCUUGCCACUUCCCUUUUCUCUUCCUGGAUAAGGAAUACGAUGAGUGUACGUCAGACGGGAGGGAAGAUGGCAGACUGUGGUGUGCUACAACCUACGACUACAAGGCAGAUGAAAAGUGGGGUUUUUGUGAAACUGAAGAAGAGGCUGCAAAAAGACGGCAAAUGCAGGAAGCAGAAAUGAUGUUCCAGACUGGGAUGAAAAUCCUCAAUGGAAGCAAUAAGAAAAGCCAAAAAAGAGAAGCAUAUCGGUAUCUUCAGAAGGCAGCAGGCAUGAACCAUACUAAGGCCCUGGAGAGAGUGUCCUAUGCUCUUUUGUUCGGGGACUACCUGACACAGAAUAUCCAGGCAGCUAAAGAGAUGUUUGAGAAACUGACUGAGGAAGGCUCUCCCAAGGGCCAAACUGCUCUUGGCUUUCUCUAUGCUUCUGGACUUGGCGUUAAUUCAAGUCAGGCAAAGGCCCUUGUAUAUUAUACUUUCGGCGCCCUCGGGGGCAACCUAAUAGCCCACAUGGUUUUGGGUUACCGAUACUGGGCUGGCAUCGGAGUCCUCCAGAGCUGUGAAUCUGCUCUGACUCAUUAUCGUCUUGUUGCCAAUCAUGUUGCUAGUGAUAUCUCACUGACUGGAGGCUCAGUAGUACAGAGAAUACGGCUGCCGGAUGAGGUGGAGAAUCCAGGGAUGAACAGUGGAAUGCUGGAAGAAGACUUGAUUCAAUAUUACCAGUUCCUCGCAGAAAAAGGUGAUGUACAAGCACAGGUUGGUCUGGGACAACUGCAUCUGCACGGAGGGCGUGGAGUUGAACAAAAUCAUCAGAGAGCAUUUGACUACUUCAACUUAGCAGCUAAUGCUGGCAAUUCACAUGCUAUGGCCUUCUUGGGAAAGAUGUAUUCAGAGGGAAGUGAUAUUGUACCUCAGAGUAAUGAGACAGCUCUUCACUACUUUAAGAAAGCUGCUGACAUGGGCAACCCAGUUGGACAGAGUGGACUUGGAAUGGCCUAUCUCUAUGGGAGAGGAGUUCAAGUGAACUAUGAUCUGGCGCUGAAAUAUUUCCAGAAAGCUGCUGAACAAGGCUGGGUGGAUGGGCAGCUACAGCUUGGCUCUAUGUACUAUAACGGCAUUGGUGUCAAAAGAGAUUAUAAACAGGCCUUGAAAUACUUUAACUUAGCUUCUCAGGGAGGCCACAUCUUGGCUUUCUACAACCUAGCACAGAUGCACGCCAGCGGCACAGGUGUGAUGCGCUCAUGUCACACUGCAGUGGAGUUGUUUAAGAAUGUAUGUGAACGAGGCCGUUGGUCAGAGAGACUUAUGACUGCCUAUAACAGCUAUAAAGAUGGCGACUACAAUGCUGCCGUCAUCCAGUACCUCCUGCUGGCUGAGCAAGGCUAUGAGGUGGCGCAGAGCAAUGCCGCCUUCAUUCUCGAUCAGAGAGAAGCAACCAUUGUAGGUGAGAACGAAACUUACCCCAGAGCUCUGCUACACUGGAAUAGGGCCGCCUCUCAAGGCUAUACUGUGGCUAGAAUUAAGCUUGGAGACUACCACUUUUAUGGAUUUGGCACUGACGUAGACUACGAGACGGCGUUCAUUCAUUAUCGUCUAGCGUCUGAGCAACAGCACAGCGCACAAGCCAUGUUUAACCUGGGGUAUAUGCAUGAGAAAGGACUAGGCAUUAAGCAGGAUAUUCACCUUGCAAAGCGAUUUUAUGACAUGGCAGCUGAAGCCAGCCCAGAUGCACAAGUACCAGUCUUCCUAGCACUCUGCAAACUCGGCGUUGUAUACUUCUUACAGUACAUACGGGAAACAAAUAUUCGAGAUAUGUUCACCCAACUUGAUAUGGACCAGCUUUUGGGACCUGAGUGGGAUCUUUACCUCAUGACCAUCAUCGCGUUGCUUCUGGGAACAGUGAUAGCCUACAGGCAGAGGCAGCACCAAGACAUGCCUGUACCCAGACCUCCUGGGCCACGGCCAGCGCCACCACAGCCAGAGGCGCCGCCAGAGCAGCAGCCACCGCAGUAACAGCCACCGUGUCCAGCCUUGAUCAGUGACAGCCCAGGAAAUCGUUUGCUGAGAACAUUUGCAUUUGAUUUAGGACUUUGGAUCAGUGGCCACCUCCUGGAAGAGGCACAAGGAAGCGUUGAAUUCCUAAAGCUGCUUAGAAUCUGAUGCCUUUAUUUUCAGGGAUACGUAACUCUUACCUAAACUGAGUUGAAUGUUUGUUUCCGUGCUGAAUGGAAUAACAACUCUCAAUGACUUUUCCCACUUUUUUAAUUUUUUUGGUCUGGAAACAUGUGGGACACUCAAAGUAAUGUCUGCUGUAUCCAGUUGGCUUUCUUGGGUUCUUCAGUCAUGCUCUUAACCCUUGCUCAUUCUCAGUGUGCAUACACUCUUCUGUCAGCAUUUUAAGGUCUUGUGCAUCGACACUAAAAACUGAUCAGUGUGAAAAGAAAAAUGCAGUUAGUUGCAAGCUUAAGCUUAACAUGUUUGAAAGUCUGAAAACAGCUUGCCUUUUCAGUUAAAAAAAGAAAAAGAAUCUUCAAAGUGUUUCAGAGCUGCAGUAACUAAGGAGCUUUUACCUACCAGUCCACAUGCAGGUAUACACAUGCAGCAUACUUGUUAUUUUAACAGGGAAGGUUGGGAAUGUCCUUAUUGUUGGUGAUUGUCACAUUUUCUACCAAACUUCUCUCCUUCAGAGACUGAAAGGCCUUGUCAAAGGGUUUUAUGUGAACUUCACUUCUUGGUAUGAAAUCUAUAGAAGUAUGAACUGACUCCUUGAGCUAACAUGUGAAUUUGUCCCACCUCCCCACUGUAAUGUGCUUGUUUGUUUUGAGUAUUCAGAGCCUUGAUCCAGAAGCCAGAGGAUGGACUGAAUGGGAGAUACUAAAACAAUACUAAAGAACUCUGGAUGGGAUACCACGAUCAUAGACAUACCUCCCCAAAAGUUGAAGUAUUUAUUCCAGGGAUUUAUUUUACUUUUCAUUUCUUCUUGCAAAAGAACAGAUCACCCUUCUGAAUUCUAUAUUUAUGAAAUACCAUUGCCACUAUCCAGCACAUAGUAAUUACCAUUACAAUAUUAAAACACAGAGAAUAAAAGAUGCAUUAAACAGUGGUUGAGGAAAGCCAAAGCCUGUUUAUGCUGUUCCACUCUAUUCAGGUAGAUUUUCAUUUCUGUGGUUUUAUAUUACAGUAGAAAGUUUGCUGCCUGCUUAGUUACCAUAUUCUUCAUUCUCUGUUAACAUUAGGAAAAUCAGGGCUAUUAUACUUCAGACUUGUUUGGUAAACAACGAAGAAACCUGAGGACUUCACGAAUACCAUACCAAUGAAACUAUUAAAACUUAAACUAAAUAUGUAGUUCUUUUUAUGGGCAGAUGGUGUUUUUCACCAGCCUAUAUUGGUAUCUGAGCAGACUUUCUAUGCCUGCUGACCUCAAUCUGUUGAUACUAACCUUUGUACUCUUUUUUUCCAUAGUCACUCAUCUGCCAGAAAACUUGAAAAGUUUAUUGCCUGUAGAGUUCUAAGACUUUGGUUUUUGAAGUUGGAGCUGUGCUUUAGAACAGGAUUUCGUUAGUUUACAAUUAACAUGAAGGCUUUAAAUGUGAAGUUGUAGGCUAUGUUUUAGGUUUAGAGUAUUAUGAGAAAUAGGGUAAGCAAACUUUCCUUCCAGAUAAUUGCUUCCACAUUGAAAGAGGUGGUCACAAAAAGAACCAUAUAGAGAAAAGCACAUGUGAAAGGUGGGACAUUUUACCCUCCAAAGUGCGAUGUUGCUUUAGGCAGCGCUUGUAAAUAAUAAGACCUGUUUGAUCUCUUCUGCUUAGGGACUCAGUGAAGUUGGUACAGUUUAUUGGUAUCUUCAUCACUGCCUCUGCUCCCCAUCCUUCAAAAUAAAUACAGCCCACAGUAGCAGCCACACCUCAUUACAAAGGACUGUUUUAAUUUAUUUAAAAGUUUGAAAGCCCUCUGAUAUAACUAAACUUCCAUUUUCCCCCCCACCAGCCCCCCAAUUUCUCUUUUAGCAUUUUUACCUCUACCUUAACAUCUUCCAAGAAGAAGAAAAAAUUCUUAAAACUGUGCACUACCUUGAAGAUAGGGUCUUGUUCUUCAUGCAAUAACAAACUUUUACUAUUUUGCCACUUGUCCUGUACUUUCCAUUAUUAAUACUCCGUAUGCCCUUUUUUUUUUUCCGCCCCCUCUUUUAACCUGGGUCACUUGCUGCUGGAAAUUUAAACAGUAUAUUUUAAAUUACUUAGUUCCUGUGGCUUCAUUGAAAGACCAUUUCAAAAUAUUUUGCUCCUUUUUGUUCCUAGGACACGAGACCUAAGCAAGUAGGAACUUGGUUUGGUGUUUCUCCUAAAAUAAUGUUCAAUACUUAACCUAAUCAAAUGGCAUCCAUUUGAAUAAAAUGACAGUAACUAAAGCUAGUUAAUGUCAGUGACAUUAAACUAACUCCAGGAUUCAGGAGUUUUAAUGUUAGAAUUUAGAGUUAGCAGGUAGUAUGUGGCUUCGUUUCUCCAUGGCCGCCUGUCUCUCCUGUUCCUUGUCACAGUCCGUCUUCCGGCCUCGAUGGUGAUGAUGGUAGUGCUCCACUUAGCUUAUCCUCACUCAUGCGCUUGAUCUGUUGAUUAAUCACCUCUUUGAGCCUUGAGACUCCAUUUAGCUUCUAUUUUGUGUUAUGGUGGUAGCAGGGUUGCGUGGGGUGUUUUGUGUGAGUGGGUGUGUGUUGGAAGUUCUUGUUUCCAUUUUCUGAGUAAGGCUUCUCUUUGGUUACUCUUCAGUGGCACAGAAGUAGUACAAGCCUUUUUUUCAAAAUUCAUGACUUGGCACUUAAAUGAGAUUAACUUGUGAAUCAUUAAUCUUAAUACUCUUGAAGAUUGGUUACUCUUCUGCUUAUAAGGUUAAUUUGUAAAAGUUUCACUGCCAAGCUGUUUUAUCUCUACCAUUGGGAAGUUUUAGAAACUUCUAUCUGUGAGCUGACGCUUUAUUUAAUUGAGGGGCAUCUUGGUGCCUCCAGGAAACUUAAGUAUUUUAUAUAGCAUUUUUUUUGUUUGUUUGUUUUGGUAUUUCCCCCUCCUUUCUUUGCUUCACAUGUUCUUAAAACCAGUGUUUUGGAAGUAUGCAUGCAAGUCUAUAAAUGAAGACCACAACUCUUCAUGUGUGUAGCAUGUGUAUUAUUGUCUAGUUACAGUUGCAAAAACCUUCCUUUACAGAGGUUUGGAUUGAACAUUUCACAUGCACAUUUCAAAACCAAAUGCUUCGGAUCUGCAGCCCACUUACCGACCACAAUGAGCAGCGUGGGCUCAACGUGAUGGUUGGUAUUCAUUCUGAGAGUGAUUAUAAUAUGUGUUACACUAUAUUAUGGCUAGACAUGCUUCAGAAAUAAAGCAAAAGAAUUUUAUAUUUUCAUAAAUAUUUUUCAUCAGUCACUAUUCUCAAAGAUAAGUGAAAAUAUAAAAUUUCUGAAUGCCACCUUGGUGCACAGUCUGAUUUUUUACCAGUGCAGCAGUCCUGACAAAGAAACUAAACUUCUCCUUCCACUUAGUAUUUGAAGAAAACUUAAAGGAAUCACAUGUAAAAAUGAUUUGUAUUUUAAAGUGACUAUUUGCACAAGUAAAAAUCUGAUUUUCUGUGCCCAAGGACGUCUUGGUUAUGUGCAUGGAGUCACCUCACAUGCACCAUUUUCCUAUUUGGAAUGACAGGCUGACACUAUUCCCUCCAACUAAACAUACAUAUAUUGAUAAUGAUCAAGUAUAACCACUACCAAUAUUUAUGAGAAGUUUUAAAAGCGCAGAAGCUGGCAUUGGAAGGAAUACCAUUCCAUGAUUGACUUUUUUGUACAUUUAUUUUGUAUUUAAUUAAACACAGUAUGAAGGCUGGUGAAGUGUAAUAUAAUUGUGUAAACAAAUCCUGUUAAUAGAGAGAUGUACAGAUUCGUUUUGUACUGUAUCUUGAAACUUGUGAAAUAAAGCUCCCACCUCUGGUUAA